AUGUCAUCAUUUCUUCAUCUUGAUGCUCAUUAUUAUUAUUCAUGUGUAGCUCUAAUCUUACUAGGCCUUGGAUUAUUAGGGCAAGCCAAUGCCCAAAUGUAUAGAGUUGAUAGCAAUAAUAAGAAGCUGGCUUAUUACACCAUCACUGUUGAUCAAUCUGGCCAUGGCAAUUUCACCUCCAUUCAAUCAGCCAUUGAUGCUGUUCCUAUAAACAACAGGAACUGGGUUUCUAUCAAGAUCAAGGCAGGCACCUAUAAGGAAAAGGUGAUCAUCCCCGUUGACAAGCCAUACAUAAUUCUCAAAGGAGAAAAUAGGCAUAAAACGCUGAUUGUUUGGGAUGAUCACGACUCAGUUGCACAAAGCCCUACUUUUGCCUCUUAUGCCGACAGUAUCAUUGUCAAAUCCAUCAGCUUUGUGAAUUCAUACAACAACCCUGUGAAUAACAAAAAUCCAAGAGUGGCAGCAGUGGCGGCAAUGAUUUACGGGGACAAAUCUUCAUUCUAUCGAUGUGGUUUCUUUGGUUUGCAAGACACUUUGUGGGAUGGUCAAGGACGGCACUACUAUCACCUUUGCACCAUCCAGGGUGCCGUGGAUUUUAUCUUCGGCAGUGCCCAGUCUAUUUUUCAGAAAUGUUCGAUACAAGUUCUUGGGGGAGCUCUGGAUCCUGGGUCGGCUGGUUACAUCACAGCACAGGGAAGAGACAAUCCAAAUGAUGCAAGUGGGUUUGUGUUCAAGGAUUGCAAGGUGUCUGGAACAGGUUCCACCUUCUUGGGCAGGGCAUGGAGAGGUUACUCUAGAGUCAUUUUCUACAACUCCAAUUUUUCAAAAGUGGUUGUGCCUCAAGGCUGGGAUGCUUGGCAUUUCCAAGGCAAUGAGCACCAAUUAACGUAUGCAGAGCAUGGUUGCUAUGGGCCAGGAGCCGACAUUGUCAAGCGUGUGGAAUGGGAAAAGAAGCUUAAUGCUGAUACCGUGCGGGAGUUGACAAGCUUGAAUUUUAUUGAUACUGAUGGAUGGCUCAAUGACCAGCCUUUCUAAAUAUUUUUUUUAUAUUUUAUUUAACUUCCAUUCAUUUCAAGCAGUUGUUCUGCAAAUCUUUUAUUACUUUUUCACUUCCCCAUUACAUUACU